AUGAUCUCCCCGGACGCAGCCCGCAACGUCGUCGGCAUCAUCGGCAAUGUCAUCUCCUUCGGCCUCUUCCUCUCCCCAGCGCCGACGUUCUGGCGGAUCUGGAAGGCCAGGGACGUGGAGGAGUUCAAGCCGGACCCCUACCUGGCGACGCUGCUCAACUGCAUGCUGUGGGUGUUCUACGGCAUCCCCGUCGUGCACCCCAACAGCAUCCUCGUCGUCACCAUCAACGGCAUCGGGCUCGUCAUCGAGGCCAUCUACCUCACCAUCUUCUUCAUCUACUCCGACGGCAAGAAGCGCAAGAAGGCGUUCGCAAUCCUGGCCGUGGAGAUUCUGUUCGUAGUCGCCGUGGUGCUCGGUGUGAUCCUGGGCGCGCACACCCACGAGAAGCGCUCCAUGAUCGUCGGCAUCCUCUGCGUCAUCUUCGGCUCGGUGAUGUACGCCUCCCCACUCACCAUCAUGGGUAAAGUGAUCAAGACGAAGAGCGUUGAGUACAUGCCCUUCCUCCUGUCGCUGGUGAACUUCCUCAACGGCUGCUGUUGGACGGCCUACGCGCUCAUCCGCUUCGACCUCUACGUCACGAUCCCCAACGCCCUGGGCGCCUUCUUCGGCCUCAUCCAGCUGAUGCUCUACUUUUGGUACUACAAGUCGACACCUAAGAAGGAGAAGAACGUGGAGCUGCCCACCGUCUCCAGGAACGUCGGCGGCGGCAACGUCACCGUCAGCGUCGAGCGAUAG